AUGUACGACCUGAUAGUAGUUGGUGCGGGAUGGUGCGGGCUCGUCGCCGCCAAAACAUACCUUCAAGUAUGUCCUGACGCUCAAGUUCUCAUUGUGGAUGGUGAUUCCAGUAUUGGUGGCACCUGGAGUGAGGAGCGUCUGUAUCCUCAUCUUGUCGCCGAGGCACAUCACGGGCUUUUCGAGUUCUCGGAUCUUCCAAUGCGCAAGGAGUCUGUGCUCCCAGAUGGAAGAAUCCCAAGCAAAGCUGUCCAUGACUAUCUCGUGGAAUAUGCAACCAAAUUCAAGCUCACUGAGCGCCUGCGCCUCAAUACUUGGAUCGAAAACAUUCGUCGGGACCCAGCGUCUCUAGCAGACGAUGGGAUUGACCACUGGGUGGUCACCGUUGCUGGUACACGCGAGCAGAUUCAAUCCAGGAAGAUCAUUAUCGCGUCCGGGUUGACAUCGGAGCCACUCAUCCCUUCCCUUCCUGGUCGGGAUGAAUUUGAAGGCGAGGUGCUUCAUAGCAAGGCACUCGGUCAUCCGGAAUUCGUCAAUCGGAUUUCAGACCCAUCCCUUCGCCAUGCUGUCGUGUAUGGAGGGUCCAAGUCGGCCUUUGAUGCAGUUCACCUGCUGCUGUGCGCUGGAAAGACGGUGGACUGGGUGAUUCGGGAUGCCGGUGGAGGGCCGUCGAUGAUGACGCCGCUCUCCAUCUUAGGGCAACCAAGUUUCCGGCUCAACAACACUCGCUUCUUCUCUCUCUUCUCCCCACAUCCAUUUGAGUCCCCCAAUGAAUCUUCGUGGUGGCGACGAUCUAUUCAUCAAAGUGCUAGAAGAUGGGCGCAGCUCAUUAUCGUCAUUUUCUGGCGCGUCAUGGCGUAUCUGCUUCAGCGUUCCUGGGGGUAUGAUUCGAGUCCCAACGGGAAACACUUGAAACCUCUUCUGGACUUAGAUAGCCUAUUUUGGAGUCCUGCGACACUGGGGGUCAUGACACACCCGGAGCUGUGGGAUGAGAUUCAUUCUGGAGAGCGAGUGAAGAUACACAGGGACACCAUCACAGGUCUUGGAAGCGGCAAGCGCAUCACAGUGAGCAACGGACGUGAUUUGUCUGCCGAUCUGGUGGUUUGCGCCACUGGCUGGCAUGCUCGACAUUCAUUCUUUGCUCCAGAUGACCAACUGGCCGUAGGGUUGCCGUCCAAGACAUCCUUUGACCCGAAGUCUCAAAAGAAAUGGACGGAUCUUCAGAGUGCAGCGGACUCGAGUAUCUUGAAAGAGCUACCGCUCCUUCAAACAUGUCCGAUUCCCCCAGCUCCCCUCCGGUGUGAAGAUGAUUAUCAUCUCUACCGCUUCAUAGCACCCAGCAGUGAAAACCCAUCCCAUGAGCGGUCCAUAGCAUUUGUCGGGUUUCUUCGCACGGCUGGGGCACCGAUUGUCUACGAGGCUCAGGCUUUAUGGGCAGCUGCCUAUUUGACGGGCUCUUUAAAACUGCCAGAAACAACACAGCGCGAACACCAAGUCGCGCGAAUCAAUGCUUGGAUUCGCCGUCGAUACAUCUGUGGACGCAAAGUUCCAUUCGCGCUAUUUGAUUUCCUGCCGUAUGUCGACAUGCUCUACCAAGACCUGGAAGUCAACUCCCACCGGAAGUCCAAUAUGAUAGCUGAAACAUGUGGUCUCUACCAGCCCCGGGAUUUUCAGGGAGUCGUCUGCGAAUGGUUGGCACGUCAACGAGGAAACGAAACGCGAGUAGAAUCAAAGUAA